AUGGCAGAAGUGGUUAGGAAAGACUAUGGUCUCAAGGUAAGUCUUGUGCAAUGUAGAAAUGCCAAGUACUUUGCACUAGAUGAGAUUUCAGGCAAUUUGGUAAGCCAUUAUGAGAAACUGUGGAAUUAUGGUGUUGAGUUAUUGAGGGUUAAUCCUGGGUCAACAGUCUUGAUCGAGACAAAUCAUACGCAUGAUGCUACACACUACUUCAAAAGGAUGUAUAUUUGCCUGAACUCUAUCAAGGAUGGCUGGAUUAAAGGAUGUAGAAGGGUUAUCGGUGUUGAUGGCUGUUUUUUGAAGGGUAUUUGCAGAGGUGAGUUGUUAACAGCCGUUGGUAGGGACGCAAACAACCAAAUGUAUCCUCUAGCAUGGGCUGUUGUGCCAGUUGAAAACAAGGAAACUUGGAUGUGGUUCAUUGAUCUUCUACUUGAGUACAUUGAGAUGGGAGAUGGUAGGGGUCUUACAAUUAUUUCAAACCAACACAAGGGUUUAAUGGAGGCUGUUAAGGAAAGGGCACCAUCAUGUGAGCAUAGGAAUUGUGCCCGACACAUCUUUGCCAACUUUAAGAAGAAGGGGUUCAUGGGUGUUGAGUUUAGGAGAGCAUUCUUUGAACCUGAGAGUUGUUGUGAUGCCGUGGAAAACGGUAUAUCUGAAUCUUUCACUGCAGCAAUUGUAGAGGCCCGGAAGAAACCAAUAAUAACAAUACUGGAAGAAAUCAGAUUGUACGUGAUGGAGAGGAUGUACAAUCAAAAUAUUAAGGGGCAUAAGUGGGACAUGGAAAUCUGCCCCUUUAUUAGAAAGAGGAUUGAGAAGAUGAAAGAACAACAAAGGUACUGGGAUGUUAUCACAAGUGGUGAGGAAGAAUAUGAAGUGAAAUUAGCCCAUGAAGUUUAUGUUGUUCACCUUGAAAGCAAAACUUGUGGUUGCAGAGCCUGGCAACUCAGUGGUAUCCCUUGUGUGCAUGUCAUUGCUGCUGUAUUAUACCUGAAUGGAAAUGCAGAGGACUAUGUAGCCGUAUGGUUUAAAACAAGCAUGUUUGGAAGUUGCUAUAGGUAUCCAGUCAAACCAAUAAAUAGAGCUAACAUGUGGCCUGAUGUUCUAUUUGAUCCCAUAUUACCACCUCGGCGUAGGAGAAUGCCAGGAAGGCCCAAAGUAAACAGAAUGAAAUGUCCUACAGAAAAUGAAGAAAGGCAUACAAUUAACAAGACAGGGAUGUCCAUCUCAAGAUGUAGUAAUUGUCAUCAAGAAGGACACAACAAGAGGCGAUGUCUAUUGCUCACAGAAGCAAAUAAAGCAACUGUUGGUGAAGGGGCUGUUGAAGAAGGGGUUAGUCAAGAUGGGAUUAGUAAAGAUGGGGUCAAUGAAGAUGGGGUUAGUGAAGAUGGGAUUGGUGAAGAAGAGGCUAUUGAAGAAGGCGAUAUUGAAGACCACCAGGAGGAUGAAAUUGAACAGCAAGAGGAUGAGAUUAACCAUCAAGUAGAUGAAAUUGACCAUCAAGAAAAUCAUGUUGAAGGCCAUCAAGAAGAUCAUAUUGAGGAUCAUCAAGAGGGGGUUGUUCAAGAUGAAGCUCACCACAUUGAAGUUGUUCAAGAUGAAGCUAACCAUGAAGAGGCUGUUGACCACCAUGAACCUGAUUUUGAUGAAGUUCAUCACCAUCAGCAUCAACCUGUUUUUUUUUAG